UAAUAUUUGAGGAUUAAAAAUCCCGCUCAGUUAUUCACUGCAAAAGUAAUGUGCACCUCUUCUUUUCUUUCCAGAACCUUAACAGAAUCGUCACCGCCAACUAAACAGCCAUUAAACAGCGGUUUAAAAACUUGUGAACGGGAAUAUCCAGGAUAAGAUCGUAUCGACUCCCCGUUUGAUGCGCAGCGGAAUGAGGGACCGAAAUAACUCGCUUGAGAAAAUCAAAAUAGGGCUCAUUGAAGCGUGCAAGUCGCCGGAGUGAGUGGAGGCUGCGGUGGAUGCGCGCGUGCCUGGCAUUGGCGCUCUCGGCUCUUGGACAGAUCGAUCGGCCCUGUGUGGGGGGAAAGAGUUCAUCCUCUGGUUCUCGGAGUGUCUCUCCUCUCUGGACUGAGGCCCCGCCACCUCUGUCCACUCAGGUGGCAGUAGUAAAUCAGGACUGAGGCCCCACUACCUCAGUCCAAGAUGGACUCGGGCGAUACCCGCCUCACGAGCAUCCCCCUCUCCCACAUCCUGGAGAAUAUGGUUGUGUUUUGCCUUUCAAGCUCUCAUUGUCUCUGUGUAGACAACGCCGAAAACCUACAGCCCUGACAGCAAAACAAGUUUGGAAGAUUCUUUAAUCUCAACGUACUAAGUUUUGACAACUUGUUGUUUUCUGAGUUCGGGCCAGGAGGAUUACUUGACAGUGUUCUCACUCCCGUAAAGACCCCCGUGUCUUCAGGGGAAAACAAAAGCCCUACCACCCUGACAACCAGUCGGCUGUAACACGACGCACGACAAAUAUCUUGUACAGUCUGUAUGGAAUAGCGGACAGAAGGACGGAGAAUAUGACGAGUGUGUCUGCCUCGGCCGCCGUGACCCCCCCUGUCCUCUACACUCCCAUGAACAGCACCGAUGUGUACAUCCCGUACGGCAUCAACGGCUCCCUUUAUGUCAAUACCACCUCCCCAAAUGGCACAGACCUGUUCGGGAACAUCACAAAUACCACCCUAGCGCCACCAGAGGACGAGCAACCUCCCAUCCCGUACCAACAAUGGGAACAAAUCAUCGUGGCCGUCAUUCUUGGCGCUCUAAUCAUCUGCACCAUUAUCGGAAACUGUCUGGUGUGUAUAUCCGUUGCCAUAGUGAAGCGGUUACAGUCGCCGUCCAACCUGCUGAUCGUGUCCCUGGCCGUGGCGGAUCUGUUCGUCGGGAUGACCGUCAUGCCGUUCGCCGCGGUGCGCCAGCUGUACGGCUCCUGGAUUCUGGGUACCAUCGUCUGUGACAUCUGGACCACCACGGACGUACUGCUGUGUACCUCCUCCAUCCUCAACCUGUGUGCCAUCAGCGUGGACCGCUACUUCGUCAUCACUCGACCCUUCCAGUACGCCAUGAAGCGGACGCCCAAGCGGAUGGGUCUGAUGGUGUUCAUCGUGUGGACGGUGUCCGCAGUCGUGUCCAUCCCGCCUGUCUUCGGCUGGAAGAGUCCGCACAAGCCCUACGACUGUAUCAUCAGCGAUGAUAUUGGAUAUCAGAUCUAUGCAACCCUAUGUGCCUUCUACCUUCCGCUAAUCGUCAUGAUCUGCGUCUACUUUAAAAUAUGGCGGGUGUCCUCCAAAAUCGCAAAAGCUGAGGCGAAAUCCAAGAUCGGGAGCUUCGACAAAGGCGCGGAGUUCCAGCUUGGUCGUCCGUCGCACGACUCAGGAGACAGUAGCGUCAUGCCCAACGGAUGCCUCAGAGACGGGGUUACCAACGGCGGGGGUGGAGAUGACGACGGAUCAAUAGAAAUCUUACCAAAGAAACUGGAGCCGGAGAAAUCUAGCCGGCGUCGAUUCACGAUCCGCUCUCUGAUUCCGAGACAACCCAAGCUGAGCAACACUAAGGAGAGGAAGGCCACCAAGACGCUGGGUAUCAUCAUGGGCUGCUUCACGCUGUGCUGGCUGCCCUUCUUCAUCCUCGUGCUCGUCAGUACAUUCUGCAGAGAAUGUCAAGUCCCCAUGGAACUCGCCAGUGUUCUAAACUGGCUGGGAUACGCCAAUUCUUUCCUAAAUCCUGUGAUAUAUGCACGUUUCAACCGGGAGUUUCGGACUCCGUUCAAAGAAAUCCUCCUGCUGCGCUGCCGUGGGAUUAACACUCGCAUGCGCUCUGAGAGCUACGUGGAGCAGUACGGUCCUGUGGUUUCCCACCGGGACAGUCUACGUCCACCGACAGACUCUGUUGUUCGUUACAACAGCCAGGGGCAAACUGUCGUAGCUCUUGGCAAUGGUUCUGCUAACGGAUCUAGACACACAGAGUCCAAAAUUUAAAUGCGUCAUCGAUUUUUAAAUAUUUUUUUUUCGUUAUGUAAUAACUUAUACUAUUAAGUUUCAUUUAAUUUUGUUUGGAUCUCUUCUUUACUUCACUUGCUUUAACUUUUACUGAUGUCUUUACUAGUAUAAUACGUUUGACUUUGAGUUUCCUACUGUGUUGCUGGUCCUGAGCGAUGUGGUAUACUCGGGCGGCGAACAUAUGUUUAGAUAGUUGAAUUGAAUUCAUUCUAAGUUAUAAGUUUUACGUAUAAUUUUGCCAGUGGUGAAACUUAAUCUGUGUGUGCUACAUAAGUGAUAUUAUAUGUUAAGUAUACUGCUAACUUGUCCUGAUUUUACACACACACGCACAAACACACACACACAAACACACACACAAACACACACACACACACACACACACACACACACAUAUGAUUUAUUUCUCUCUUGUACACCCUUGUUCUCGUAAAUAUUUCUAUCGGUGGCGUUUGGAAUGAGCCUUUUAAAUGAAAGAUACGGCUGUAACUUCAAGCUCACCAAGUGUGAUUCCUGUAAGACAUGCCGGAUAGUAUGCUUGGUGAAUCUAUCUUGAACAUCCACAGUCAUAGAGGAAAAGCUGUCUGCCUUGCUCCCAACAACUCUGUGCCAGUGAGUUUUCCAAAGGCGAUGUAUGCUUAGAAAAAUGGCAAUUAUAAGCAAUUAUCUACUUAAGCUUUCCUAGGCAAUGUGUGUAAUUAGUGAGAAAUAACUACCAAAAGAAAAAAGCUAUAAAUUGAUAUAUGUUUAAAACCCGGAAACAAACUUUGAAGACUAUCUUUCUUUCUGUUCGCUUCCUCGUGAGCUUUUAAAGGAAGACUAUUGUCCAAAGAAAAUUCCAUAGCUGCAGAUAGGGCUCUUUCUUCACUCACAUCAAGUUUUCACAUAAACUAUUUUCCCUGCUAUCUUGUAAUUCAGUUUGUUUUGAUAUACAUAUUAUAUUUGGCAUUUCCCCUGAAGAUCUCGUCUUUAUUGUAAUAUAGGCCUUUAAUAAAAAACGAUCACAGCCGGACACACGCUCAAAGAUUUGUCCUCACGUUGGUCACAAGUAGCAAUAAUUCAUCUGGAUGCGCAACGAACGCAUCUGUUGGAAAGAAUCGUCUCCCACAUAAUUUAUAUGACUGCAAUAUUUUCUAUUUUCGUGAGGCUUUGUUUGACUAGAAUUUGUUCCACUCUUCAUCUCUUUCUGUCUUGGAAAGUCACAAGCUAGUCUCCGGAGUUGCAGGAAGUCCAUGUCGAGUAAUCGAGACCUGUUCUGCUUUCUUCCAACAGUGGAGAAAAAAUGGGCGGCCAAGUCGUGGUGUCUGCAUUUCAUCGAAAAUGCUCUAUCUCUUUUAAAACAACAUUAAGGCUGGAACGUUCUUUCGUUGUAUAAACUUGCCUUGUUGAACAAAACUAUAGUUAGACAGACAUGUACUUGCUUCUGUGAGAAGGUUUUUAUAAUUCGUACUUGCUCUUCUAUUAACAUCAAGCGAUAUGUAACAGUAAUGUUAGGCCUUCAAAGUGUUACAUUUACAGUGUGGAUCCCGUACCAUCUUGACCAUAAUUUACUAUAGAAUGGUAAGCUAUUUUUCCCAAGGAGGAUAGGUAGAAUAAACAGCCUAGUGUUGGUUUGAUAUAACAAACUGACCGUGUCUGGAUGUUGUGAUCUUGCGCAAUGACGACUGCUUUAUGUGUACCACACACGAUGAUAUUAACAGUGAUAUAUUUUGUAUCCCUUUCUAAAUUGCGUUUUCUUGCAUAAAUUAAUAUGCUUGUAUUUCCGGUUACAUCUCCCUCCCCUCCCUAGCAUCCCAAUACCCCCUAUUGUUAUGCCUUUGAUAAAACUCACUAACAAUGUUAUAACAUUUCAACGCUGCUGUUCUUCUGUCAUUUUAGUUGUGGUUCAAAGGAAUCAAAACUGUAUUGAUGUGAUCUGAAAAUCAUGCAGCCUCAUUAGAUCCAUUUAUGCUGUGUGCUUAAGUAUCAAUGUAGUAGCCGUUAAUGUUUUGUCAUGAUCAUUUAUCAGUGUGUCAUAUUAUGCAUAAUGUUAUGAUACGUGUAUUAACCACUAUGAACAUAAUAUAUAUUAUUAACCACUUGCAAAAUGUGAUUCAGCACCUUGAUAUAAUACUUUUUAGCGAUGUACUGAUUGCGAACACAACACGUACGUGCCAUACUGAAGAAAUGCGAACUUAUUUUCAUAUCGACUGAGCUACCGAUUCCCAGAAAGCUUGCCUAAAUGUCAUCCAAACAAACGUUGUUUAUUCGAGUUACUUUUAUUUUGUAGAUACUAAUACAAUCUUUGUUUUGAAUACUCUCCCCGUAAUAUUAUGUUCAGCUUGCCGAGACUAGCAGUCACGACAAAGUGUGUGCUGGAGAAUAUUAGACUUAAUUACUUGUUUUCAUAAUGUUUGAUCUUGUACAAAUAAGGUCAUUGCUAAUUUAUUGUAUGAUAAUACAAAACACACUUGGCCCGUAGUUUAUUUAAUGAUACAUUAGCAUGAAACACGCGUGUUUCUUGUAAAAUUGAUAGGUGAAUGUUUGAUUAGUAAUAAUGUAAAUUAUUGUUUUUUAUAUAAUAUAUCGAAAG